CAAAAACCUGUGAGUUGUUUUUGCUGUCCUUCUGUUACUGUUUCACAGUUUGGUGGGUAGUAAAAAAGAACCCCUUUUUGUUGUCUGACCCUGUUUCUGUUGGGCCCUGGAAAAGAGUUAUUGCCUUGCUUUUAAUAUGUUUAUAUAUAAUAUAUAGCUUUUAUUGUACUCUGACACUCACUCAAGCCAGCGCUUAAUUACUCACCUCUCAGUAGAAACGGUUGCUUGGUUUGCUGUCAAGAACAUGCCAACAGUGUCCCCUUCACUGUUCUGCAUCAAGAAUUCAUAGAUUUUAAAAAAUCUCUCUUUUUGUGUGUGUAUGUUUAUCCCUUUGAUCUGAAGAGAGAAGCUUUUAUUAAUCUUUCUUGAUUUUGCACAUGCUUCCUCUCUCUCACGGCACCACCCAAGCAUUAUUUUUGGGGCUUUUCCAAGAAACCAAUGCUUCUUCACUUUCUCUCUCUUGUUUAUUGCUUGCUUCUCACUCUUACUGCUAUUUUUUUGAGUUACUGAGGAGGGAAAGAUUUGUGGGCAUUUCCUGAUUUUGUUGUUUGAGGUUUUUUGAUGUAAAGGCUGAAUUUUUGAGAUUUUUUCUUUGAGUUUGGCAUGGGGGUGGUGCUGAUGAUUCAUGUUUUGGGUUUGGCGCUUAAAGUCUGUGCCUUUUUUGCUUGCUCUUUAUGGAUUCAUGGAUCUGCUGGUCUAGAUUUGCAGCCACAACACACAAUGCCUCCUCACAGUUAUGCUCCUUUACCCCAAACUCCAACUGCUCAACCGUCUUUUGCUCAGCCGAGUUCUUCAAUGGCACCGAACAAUAUCUUUGUUCCAAUCUUGCCACCUGUUCCUCCACUCAUAGUACAAUCUCCAGCACCUGCCACGUCAUCACCUUCAAGCAGGUCACCAACAAACGAACAAACUCCUCAAGCACCCUCAAAUUCUCAUUCUCAUCAAGCUAAACCACCUAUUAUUAACAUCCUUAUAGCUCCAGUAUCUCGGCCACCUUCUAAUUUGGUCACGUCGAAUGAACCAAUCAUGAAUGAACCUCCAACAAAUCCUCCAGAACAAAUCGCUUUUCCUAUUUUAGCUCCUCCUCCAAGCAUCAAAAAAACAACAAAACAUAUUGUUAAAGUUUCUCCACCUGUAAGCUACUCCCCGACUCAAGGUCCUACUUUAAGCAACCCUUUGGAGCACUCUAACAACAUUCCCCCACCUCGUCAAUUUUCCAAGUCGAUAGAGUUUCGUUCACCGAGAAUUCAUCGUCAUCCAAAGGUGUAUAAUUCUACUCCUGCUCCUGAGCCGCAUGUGAUUCCUCCCCCUUCUCCACCUGAUAGUAAUCAUGCUCUGAUACCAGCUGCAGCUUCUCCUUCUCAGCAGACUAUAUUUCCUAUUAACUCUCCUAGAGUAUCUCCAUCCGGCCCAUCGCAUAGAAUUCCCAAAUUGCCCUCGCUGCCACCAAUGCUACUUCUACCACCUCCACCUCCUCACAGAGGUUGUGAACCAAUGAUAUGCACCGAGCCGUACACAUACGGCCCACCCGAAACUCCAUGUGUCUGCGUACUGCCAAUACAAGCCGGGCUUCGCCUGAACAUGGCACUCUACUCUUUCUUCCCUUUAGUUUCAAAGCUAGCUUCCGUAAUUGCUUCCGGAAUAUUCAUGAAGCAAAGCCAGGUUCGUAUAAUGGGAGCCAAUGAAGCCGAAGAUAAUCCCGACAAGACUAUCGUCCUCAUUGACUUGCUACCCCUUGGCCGGAAAUUUGACUACACCACAGCAUACAUCACGUUUCAAAGAUUUUGGCAGAAGAAAGUGAUUGGAAAAACCGAGCUCUUUGGCGAUUAUGACGUGCUGUAUGUGCAGUAUCCAGGUCUGCCACCUUCUCCGCCAUCACCGCUGUCGACAGGUGGCAUCAUAUCUAGCAAACCUUAUCCGGGCCGUGAAGGCCCGAAGCCCGUUGAGCCCCUUGGGGUGGAUGUAAGUGUGAAGCAGCAAAAGCGCGGACUUGGCGGUAUCAUAUUGGCAACGAUAGUAUUAUCUUGUUUUGCGGCUGUAAUCUUGUUCUGUGCUGUUGCCUGGGUUUUUAUCUUCCGGUACAGGCACCGUGUUUUCCACCCGGACCCUUCUCCGCCAGCCAUUUUUUCUUCCCAAGCAAAGUCAUCAGGCCUACCCGUGUCUAUGAUCAGAAGUCCGAACAAUUCUCCUUCAUUCUCUCUAGGUUCCAGCAUGGCACCAUACACUGGCUCAGCAAAGACAUUCACUUCACACGAUAUAAAAAGAGCAACCGAUUUUUUCAAUGAAGCAAGAAUAAUCGGCGAAGGAGGGUUCGGGCGCGUGUAUAGUGGCGUUCUCGAUGACGAGACAAAAGUGGCCGUGAAAAUACUCAAAAGGUACGACCAACAAGGCGGCCGUGAAUUCCUGGCCGAGGUCGAAAUGCUCAGCCGGCUUCAUCAUAGGAACUUAGUAAAGUUGAUCGGUAUUUGCGUGGAGGACCCUACUCGAUGUCUUGUUUACGAAUUAGUACCCAAUGGUAGCGUGGAGUCUCAUUUGCAUGGGUGUGAUAAAGAGAGAUCUCCACUUGACUGGAAUGCUCGUUUGAAGAUUGCGCUUGGAGCCGCUCGAGCUUUGGCGUAUCUGCAUGAGGACUCGAGUCCUUGUGUGAUUCACAGGGACUUCAAAGCCAGCAAUAUCUUGCUGGAGGAUGAUUUUAUGCCAAAAGUAUCUGAUUUCGGGUUGGCACGCACGGCAUUGGACGAGAACAGACACAUCUCGACACGUCAUCUCCUCGUGAAAAGCGACGUCUACAGUUACGGAGUCGUCCUCCUCGAACUUCUAACCGGCCGCAAACCGGUCGACAUGUUCCAACCUCCGGGCCAAGAAAACCUCGUCUCGUGGGCCCGACCUCUCCUUGCAAGCCCACAAAACCUACAGUCGAUUGUCGACCAAUCCAUACUAAAUUCCGACCCUUCUCUUCUCGACAGUAUUUCGAAAGUAGCCGCAAUUGCCUCGAUGUGCGUGCAGCCAGAGGUUUCCAACAGGCCUUUCAUGGGCGAGGUAGUUCAGGCCCUAAAGCUCGUCUGCAAUGAGUGUGACGAAAAUCGAGAAUGCCUGUCAAGAAACUCGAGCAGCAAGGAUUUGUCUUUGGGCCCGGAAGUUAGGGAAAGUAGUGCUUAUUCGGGCCUGGCCCGUUUGCCGGGCCCUUUACUUUCUCCGCCUUCGACUUACUCGGAUUACGAUUAUCGGAUGGAUAUUGUGGAGAGGGAUCUUUCGAUGUCGGGCCUGUUGAGCCCGUCGGCCAGAUUCGGGCCGCAGGAUUCGGAAUCUUUCAGGAGGCAUUCGAGUUCGGGCCCACUAAGGACAGGACAGGCAAGGCCCAUUUGGAGAACCAUGAAACGGUUUUCGCGUGGGAGUGUGAGCGAACAUGGGGCCCGGUUUAGACUGUGGCCCGGGUCUCAUUAG